AUGACUUGGGAUAUAUUCGGCUACGACCCGGAUAUAGCGGUCACGACGGCCUUGAUGUUCACGGUGCUUUCCUGUCUGAACUAUCUGCUUAGCGAUGCACUUGUCGUGUGGAGAGCAUGGGUAAUGUGGCCUAGCAACAACUUCGUGCGGGGAUUGCUCUCGGGCUGCAUGACUCUUGGUCUGUCCGGGACAAUCUUCGAGAUCGUAUCACAGACUGCAAUGGUGUCCGAGCAUAUUGUUCUCGGCCUUCCCCUCACGGUGAUGGCCAUCACGCUGUGUCUGACGAAUGUUGUCUCGACGGCGCUCAUUGGCGCGAGGUACUGCGAACAAAAGGUCAUGCGCGACUCCAGGAUGUAUAGACGGGACGUGUCCAAACUUCUCGCUCCGAACUCUAGCGGCAUGGUCGGAGGUGUCCUGCUACUGCUCCUGGAGUCUGGCGUGGUAUAUACGGUGCUAUGGGCUAUCAACAUCUUCGUCCAAGUCAGCGAGAAGAUCGAAGGCCACCCGCACGUCGCGGGCCAUUUCGAGAUGAUGCACGAGACUUUCUAUUUGUGUGCGGCGUACUUCUUAUUGACCACUGUGAGUGACUAG